AUGUGGGCAAAGACAGUUACAGGAAAUUUUGCCAAGGUGAUUCAUGGUUUGAAUGCAAAUCAGUUGACAGAUCAAGUAAUUCAGAGAAGUAAGCGAAUGAUUCUGGAUACUCUUGGAGUAGGGCUUCUGGGUACCAGCACUGAGGUCUGCCACAGAGUGGCACAGUACAGCAAGAUCUACAGCUCAGAUUUAUCCAGUACCAUCUGGGGCCACUUGGAUUUCCGACUGCCUCCUCUGUAUGCAGCUUUUGUGAAUGGAGUGGCUGUGCACUCGAUGGACUUUGAUGACACCUGGCAUCCAGCCACACACCCAUCCGGGGCUGUGCUCCCUGCAGUGAUUGCACUCUCAGAGGCCUUCCCUCAGAAGAAAAAAAUCUCGGGUCUUGAUCUGCUCUUAGCUUUCAAUGUGGGAAUCGAAGUGCAAGGCAGGUUGCUGCACUUCUCCAGAGAAGCCAGGAAUAUUCCAAGGAGGUUUCACCCACCGGCUGUGGUUGGUACGAUGGGGUGUGCAGCAGCUUGUGCUAAACUGCUAGCUCUUGACCAGCUGGAAUGUAAAAAUGCCUUGGCUAUUGCUGCCUCCUAUGCAGGUGCCCCACUGGCUAAUGCAGCAACCCAAAUAAAGCCCCUCCAUGUUGGGAAUGCUGCCAAGCACGGACUGGAAGCAGCUUGCUUAGCUUUACAGGGCCUUCAAGGAAACAAACAGAUCUUGGACAUGGAGUCAGGGAUGGGUGCCUUUUAUACAGAUUACAACCCACAGACUCUGCCAACCCUGCAGUCCUACCCCUGGCUCUUGGACCAGCAAGAUGUGGCCAUCAAAUGCUUUCCUGCUCAUCUUGCAACACACUGGGUAGCUGAUGCAGCAUCUUCUGUUAGGAGGAAGCUCAUAGAGAGCAGUGAGAACUUGCUCCCCCUUGAUAAAAUUGAGAAAGUCAUUCUCAAAGUCCCUGAGGUCAAAUACGUGAACAGACCCAGCCCAGCCUCAGAGCAUGAAGCACGACACUCCUUCCAGUUUGUUGCGUGCUCGGCUUUGCUGGACGGCAGCAUGUCAGUCCGGUCCUUCGCCAGUGAGAACAUUCACCGCCCGGCCUUGCGGGAGCUCCUCUGCAAAACACAGCUGGAGCACCCUCCUGACAACACCCCCAGCUUCGACAGCCUUUACUGCGAAGUGAGCGUCACGCUCCGGGAUGGCAACACCAUCAGCGACCGCUGCACCACCUUCUACGGGCACUGGAGGAAACCUCUGGAAAAGGAAGACUUGGAGAAAAAGUUUCAAUCCAAUGCGCACGGCAUCCUGCCCACAGAAGCCAUGGAAGGCAUUAUAGAGACCGUGUACAACCUGGAAAAAGUAGAGGACUGUUCCGUAUUAAGUACAUUUCUAUCAGGACAGUCUGGUAGAGCACGUCCAGAGAAGCUGCGCUUUCUUUGA